AUGGAAUCCAUAAGUUAUUAUUAUCUUUUUACUAAGCUACCUGGCUUUGGAGAAGAAUGCCGCGAGAAAUAUGGUUUUAGUGAUUCUUGCAUCACCGGCAAUUGGCUAGUCAUAACCGGACAAAGUAGUAUACCAGAACCGCUCCUAUCAAAAUACCCCCCAAAGAUCGAGGAACAGAUCGCUAACAACGUGAAUGAUCUGAUCAUCCACACUCUCGUUCAGGAGGGGCACGCUAUUGAAGAGAAUUGCUCUGGUUGGGAUCAUGUUGUGAAACUGCGCGCGUAUUUUUCGCGGGAAAAUAUGGUCCACUACAUCCGGAAGUGGUGCCCUCAUCACCAGCCGUUGUUCACUAUGGUGGGCAUCGAAAGCCUGCCAUUCCCAGAGCACCUUGUGGAGUUCAAAGUCGAUGUAAGGUAA